CUCCCCGCCUGGCUGUGUGAACACGGCGCUGUUCCAGAUGGACCAGCGGAUUCCUCCUCAGUGAACAGCCCGGCUCUCCGCAGUCAGAUGGCCCCUCUGAUGGCAGUUAUGCACGUUAUUGCGUUAUUAUGGAUAAUGCCACCUGUCUGGGCUGCAGAAGAUGUGCUGAUGGACUCGAUGACAGCAACGGCAGAGCUGGGCUGGAUGAUAUACCCAUCAGUAGGGUGGGAGGAGGUGAGUGGCUAUGAUGAGAACAUGAACACCAUCCGCACCUACCAGGUAUGCAACGUCUUCGAUGCCAAUCAAAACAACUGGGUGCGUACCAAGUACAUCCGGCGGCGAGGGGCCCAGCGCAUCCAUGUCGAGAUCAAGUUCUCAGUGCGAGACUGCAGCAGCAUCCCUAAUGUACCAGGAUCGUGCAAGGAGACCUUCAACCUCUACUACUUUGAGUCAGACUCAGACACGGCAACUAAAGUUUACCCUCCGUGGAUGGAGAAUCCCUGGAUCAAAGUGGACACCAUCGCAGCCGAUGAGAGCUUCUCACAGGUCGACCUGGGUGGCCGGGUGAUGAAGAUCAACACAGAGGUGCGAAGCUUCGGCCCUGUGUCUCGCAACGGCUUCUACCUGGCCUUUCAGGACUACGGAGCCUGCAUGUCGCUCAUCGCCGUGCGGGUAUUUUUUCGAAAGUGUCCCCGUGUUGUCCGGAAUGGGGCUGUCUUCCCAGAGACUUUAUCAGGAGCUGAGAGCACUUCGUUGGUGGCGGCUAGAGGGACGUGCAUCCCCAACGGAGAGGAAGUUGAUGUGCCAAUUAAACUUUACUGUAAUGGAGAUGGCGAGUGGUUGGUUCCUAUCGGCCGCUGCAUGUGCAAAGCUGGAUACGAGGCAGCCGAGAAUGGCACCGUCUGCAAAGCAUGCUCCUCUGGAUUCUUCAAACCGUCCCAGGGAGAUCAGCUGUGCCAGCAGUGUCCUAUCAACAGCCGCACCACCAAUGAGGGAGCUACCAACUGCGUCUGCCGCGUUGGCUUCUACCGCACUGACUCAGAUCCUGCACAGAUGCCCUGCACAACUGUGCCCUCCGCUCCUCAAAGGGUCAUGUCCAGCGUGAACGAAACAUCCUUGAGGCUCGAGUGGAUUCCUCCUCGUGACAGUGGUGGCCGGCAUGACCUCGUUUACAACAUCAUCUGCAAAAGCUGUGGCUCAGGCAGAGGUGCCUGCACACGCUGUGGAGAUAACGUGCAGUUUGUUCCACGGCAGCUAGGCCUCACUGAGCCACACGUGCACAUUAGCGAGCUGCUCGCCCACACACAAUACACCUUCGAGAUCCAGGCGGUGAAUGGUGUGUCUGACCAGAGUCCCUAUUCGCCCCAGUUUGCCUCAGUCAAUAUCACAACUAACCAGGCUGCUCCAUCAAUGGUGUCCAUCAUGCAUCAGGUCAGCAGGACUAUUGAUAGCAUCACACUGUCAUGGUCUCAGCCAGACCAGCCCAAUGGAGUCAUACUAGACUACGAGCUGCAGUACUUUGAGAAGAACACAGCUGAGCUCAACUCUUCUACACUGAGAAGCCAGACGAAUACAGCUGUAGUCCGAGGCCUCAAGCCAGGCACCAUUUAUGUGUUCCAGGUGCGAGCUCGGACAGUUGCUGGGUUUGGACGCUUCAGUGGGAAGAUGUAUUUCCAAACCAUGACUGAAGAAGAGUAUGAUUCCAGCCUGAAGGAGAAACUGCCUCUCAUCGUUGGCUCUGCUGCUGCAGGCUUUGUGUUUCUCAUCUCAGUCAUUGUGCUCAUCAUUGUUUGCAACCGGAGAGGCAGUGACAGGACAGAAUCUGAGUUCACAGACAAGCUCCAGCAUUACACCAGUGGCCACUUGUCACCAGGUAUGAAGAUCUACAUCGAUCCCUUUACUUACGAGGAUCCCAAUGAGGCAGUGCGGGAGUUUGCUAAAGAAAUAGACAUGUCCUGUGUGAAGAUUGAACAAGUCAUUGGCGCAGGUGAGUUUGGGGAGGUGUGCAGCGGAAACCUGCGCCUGCCUGGGAAGAGAGAGAUUCUGGUUGCCAUUAAAACACUGAAGUCUGGCUACACUGAGAAGCAGAGGAGGGACUUCCUGAGUGAAGCCAGUAUCAUGGGUCAGUUUGAUCACCCCAACAUCAUCCACUUGGAGGGCGUGGUGACAAAAAGCAGCCCUGUUAUGAUCAUCACCGAGUUCAUGGAGAAUGGCUCGCUGGACUCCUUCCUUAGGCAAAAUGAUGGACAGUUUACGGUGAUUCAGCUGGUUGGCAUGCUGCGUGGCAUUGCAGCUGGCAUGAAGUAUCUAUGUGAUAUGAACUAUGUGCACCGAGACCUGGCUGCCCGCAACAUCCUGGUCAACAGCAACCUGGUGUGUAAAGUGUCUGACUUUGGGCUUUCUCGCUUCUUAGAGGAUGACACAUCAGACCCUACCUACACGAGUGCCCUAGGGGGGAAGAUUCCCAUCCGAUGGACCGCACCAGAGGCCAUCCAGUACAGGAAGUUCACCUCCUCCAGCGACGUGUGGAGCUACGGCAUCGUCAUGUGGGAGGUCAUGUCCUAUGGAGAGAGACCAUACUGGGACAUGAGUAAUCAAGAUGUGAUUAAUGCCAUAGAACAGGAUUACAGGUUACCUCCUCCUAUGGACUGUCCCAAUUCAUUACAUCAGUUGAUGCUGGACUGUUGGCAGAAAGACAGAAACAACCGGCCUAAAUUCAGUCAGAUCGUGAACACCCUGGACAAAAUGAUCCGCAACCCUAACAGCCUGAAGGUCACCACCCCACUUUCUUCAGGUGUGCACCUACCUCUGCUGGACCGCAGCACUCCAGACUUCUCCAGCUUCAACAGUGUAGAUGAGUGGCUGGAUGCUAUCAAGAUGGGCCAGUACAAGGAGAACUUUGCCAAUGAGGGCUUUAGCUCCUUCGAUGCAGUUUCCCGAAUGACUCUGGAUGACAUCCUAAGAGUGGGAGUUACUUUGGCUGGCCACCAGAAGAAGAUUCUCAACAGUGUGCAAAUGAUGCGAGCUCAGAUGAACCAAAUCCAGUCAGUGGAAGUUUGACCCUCAUGCUUGGAGGCUCUCAGACUGACCCCGAUCUCCACCAGUUCCCCAGCUUCAGAGUUCAGCUGUAGUCCUUCCUGUGGAGAUGUCCCCAGCAGGGAAGAUCUUCAGGAGAGAUUCCCACACUGCAAACACCCCCCAAAACCACCAGCACACAGCAGACUAGAUGGAGUUGGACAAUGAUGUCUGGAGGCCCACUUGUGUACUGUAUUAUUACAAUAGUGAUGAUUUUAAUUGUAAUAUGAAAGAGAGCAACAAUUUAAGGAUUCAAAGGGAGAUGAUGAUCAUCACCAGUGUCUAGUUUUGUUACAUGAUAAGACCCUUUAAAAGGGAAAUAAAUAAAAUCAAAUUAGUUCUGUCCUCUAUAGGGGUGCCAGUCUCAUGAUAAAACCUUUGAGACAAAGAAAGUAUAUUGCGUGAGUGGCCCAGUAAAAAGAGGAGAGAAGGAUGAAAAUGAACCAUGGACUAAUGGCACAAAAAUAAGCCACUUAUACUCCUGUUGAUGCCAUAUGGUUAGGAAGGAUCCAUGUGGCAACCCAAGAGGAGUAAUGUAGAAAUUGUGAAAAUUAGUGACAAACAAGCCUGGAAUACUUUUUUUAAGAAUAUUGUGGUGAUUUUUUUUUAUUUCUCCUUUUUUUUAGUAUACACUCACUGGCAACUUUAUUAGGAACACCAUACUAAUACUGCAUAGAACCCCCAUUUGCUCUCAAAAACAGCCUCAAUUCUACAUGGCAUGAACUCCACAAGGGAGUUGGAAAUGUUUCUUUGAGAUUCUGGUCCAUGACAUGAUUGCAUCACAUAACUGCUGCAAAUUUGUGAGCUCCACAUUCAUGCUGCUAAUCUCCUGUUUAACUACAUCCCAAAUGUGCUCUAUUGGAUUCAGAUCUGGGAACUGAGGAGACCACUGAAGUACAAUGAACUCAUAUUCAUGGUCUGGGAACCAGUCUGAGACAACUUGUGCUUUGUGAGAUGACUUAUUAUCAUGGACUUCAAACAAUCCUGGAUUUGGUAACAGCCCAGUAUGUUCCAAGAAAGCAUUCCCCACGCCAUUACACCACCACCAUCUUGAACUGUUGGCAAAAAUACAGGUUGUCUUUAUGCUGUUGCACUGAAAUUUGACCUUAGCAUCUGCAUCUCACGGGAGAACUCGAGAUUCAUUUACCUCAUGCUUUUAUCCAAAGCAACUUACAGCUGAGAGAGAAUACAACUAUGUUGUUGAGGGUUAAGGGCCUUGUUCAAGAACCCAACAGUGGCAGCUUGGUGGUGGUGGGAUUUGAACUAAUGACCUUCCAAUCAGUAGCCCAGUACCUUAAUCACUGAGCUAAAAUCAAGCCUGGCUGUAGCGCUCAGUAACAGGGCAGGCCAUGGAGAUUUUGGCAAAUGAGAUAUAGUUUAGACAGAAGUCCUUUGUCAGGUGGGUUUCAAAAACUUUUAAAUCCACUGUGAGGAUAGGUUUUAGUAUAACAAGAAGCAAACAAACAAAUAAGAACAUAAUAAAUAAAUGAAUAAAAAUAUAUCCUUGUGAUAGCACUUUUUUUUCUCUCUCCCUCUUGGAUGGGUGGGCCAGCCUUAUUAUUGGGUAGGACAGGCCCGCCCAGGCCCCUCAUGAGGCCUGGCCCAGCUAAAAUUGCCCAUCAGCCACUGCUCUUCAUUUUCUAAUCUUCAAUUGUCUAGUUUUGCCCACUGUAACCUCAGAUUCCUGUCCUGGGCUGAAAGAAGUGGAAUCUGAUGUGGUCGUCUGCUGUUUUUUAGCUCAUCCUCCUCAAAGUUCGAUUUGUGCAUUUUGAGAUACUUCUCUCCAAACCACAAAAAAAGUGUAAAAAGUGGUUGAGUUACCUUAGCCUUCCUGUCAGCUCAAACCAGCUGACAGCCUGGCCAUUCUCCUUCUCCUUUGACCUUUCUCAUCAAAAAGGCAUUUCUGCUCAUAGAAUUGGAUAUUUUGGUGUGUGUGUGUGUGUGUGUGUGUG